GCGCACGCGCAAAGGAGCAGGAGCGACACCCCAGCCAGAUAUCCGGAGGUGGGACGUGUCCAGCUUGUUCUCAGGCAAGCUGGGUUUUGGAAGAGGACGAAUGGCAUUGAGCUGUGGCUGGCAAGCUCCUAGGAGCCAGUGGUAUCUCCAGAAGGCCUACAGAUAUGCGGGCUUCUCCCUGUUUCUGGGGGACCGCUGUCCCUGGAGAGGAGCAGGAAGCCCUGUAAACGCAGAGGUGAAAAAGUUUCUUGAAAAGAACACAGAAGUCACCAGCACUGGCAACCUCACCCCCGAAAUCCAGCUACGACUUUUGACCCCCAGAUGCAAGUUCUGGUGGGAAAGAGCUGACCUGUGGCCUUUUGGUGAUCCUUACUGGGCCAUCUACUGGCCUGGAGGCCAAGCCCUGUCUAGGUAUCUCUUGGAUAAUCCUGGUGUUGUGAGAGGAAAGUCAGUGCUAGACCUCGGGAGUGGGUGUGGAGCCACAGCCAUGGCUGCGAAGAUGAGUGGGGCCUCACAGAUCCUGGCCAAUGACACAGACCCCAUUGCAGGAAUGGCUAUUGCACUGAAUUGUGAACUGAAUCGACUGGAUCCUUUCCCUAUCUUAACUGAAGACAUUUUGGAUAUGGAACAGGAGAAAUGGGACCUGGUUGUCCUUGGAGAUAUGUUUUAUGAUGAUGAUCUUGCUGACAGGCUCCAUCAGUGGUUGAGGAGCUGCCGUGGGACCUAUGGAACGCGAAUCCUGAUUGGUGACCCUGGCCGUCCCCAGUUCACAGGACACCGCAUCCAACAGCAGCUGUGUAAAAUAGUGGAGUUCUCCCUGCCUGAGCCCACCCAGCAGGAGAACAAUGGAUUGACAACAAGCGCAGUGUGGGAAUUCUGGCCUUGAACUGUUCUAGUGCUUCUAAGUUUCAAUACAAUUUUAUGUGGAA